AUGGAUGUGCAAAACGUGUCGCCGUCGUUGCGCUUACGCGGUGGCGUUAACAAUAAUAGUGAUAGCAAAAAACAUGAGUUAAAUUUGUGUCCAAGUGUGAUGUCUCCGGAGACGCAGCGGCUCUUGCCACCGACUACGGAGACUAUUAUGACAAAGCCGUUCCCCAUACGAGGUGAACGUGCUAAUUAUGUGAACAUACCACAUGUCAUCGCGAUGGUGGGUCUACCAGCGCGUGGCAAGACCUACAUAUCCAAAAAACUGUCACGGUAUCUCAAUUGGAUCGGCAUCAACACAAGAGUAUUCAACCUGGGUGAAUACAGACGGCAUGCCACAACCGCAUACACAUCACACGAGUUCUUCCGCACCGACAACAAGGAGGCGAUGGCGAUACGGACGCAGUGCGCGCUGGACGCUCUUCACGAUGUCUGCGAAUGGCUCACCAAAGGCGGCGAAGUGGCUGUGUUUGACGCGACAAAUUCUACGUUGGACCGGCGGCGGAUGAUUCGGGACAUCGUGGUACACAAGAUGGGAUUCAAAUUGUUCUUCGUGGAGUCUAUCUGCGAUGACCCUGGGAUUAUUGAGCAGAAUAUAAUGGAAGUCAAAGUUAGUAGUCCAGACUACACGAAUAUACACGACACAGACAAUGUUCUAAAUGACUUCUUGCUGCGGAUAGAGCAUUACAAAGAGAAGUACGAGCCCCUGGAUGAGAACAUGGAGUCGGAGUACAGCUACAUGAAGACGUAUGACACGGGAGAAAAGGUGGUCGUACACAAACACGAGGGGCAUAUACAGAGCAGGAUCGUCUAUUAUCUAAUGAAUAUUCAUAUAGUGCCCAGGACUAUCUAUUUGACAAGGCACGGAGAAAGUACACACAACAUAGUAGGCCGUAUAGGCGGCGAUAGUGAUCUAUCCCAGAGGGGUAAGCAGUACGCGAAAUCACUGGCCUCCUACAUCGAUCAACAGCAGAUCCCAGGCUUGAGGGUCUGGACUUCGUGGAUGAAACGGGCUAUUCAGACUGUGAAGGAUGUGAAAGCACCGCAGGAGAGGUGGAAGGCGCUAAACGAAAUAGAUGCGGGCAUUUGUGAAGAGAUGACGUACGCCGAAAUUCAACAGAAAUAUCCCUCAGACUUCAAUGCACGAGACGCCAAUAAGUUCGCUUAUAGGUACCCUCGGGGGGAGAGCUACGAAGACCUCGUGGCCAGGCUGGAGCCGGUCAUCAUGGAGCUUGAGAGACAGGGCAAUGUGCUUGUUGUAUCCCACCAAGCUGUUAUGAGAUGCCUUCUUGCUUACUUCUUGGAUAAGUCUGCGGAGGAGCUCCCGUACCUGCACGUGCCCCUGCACACGGUGAUCAAGCUGACGCCCGUGGCCUACGGCUGCCGCGAGGAGCACAUCAAGCUGUCCGUGCCCGCCGUCGACACGCACCGACCCAAACCUUCUGAUGAGGAAGAGGCAGCUGAGGUUCAAGUACGAAAUGUUUGA